CUGUCACAUCCAGUGCAAUGGUCCUGUGUGGGAGCUGGUGUGGCCUGUCAGGCUGAGCACAGGGAAGGAGCCUGGGGAAAUCUGUCUCUGAACAACAUCCCUGUUGGGCUGGGUGACAAGCAGCUCCUUCCCUUCUGCCUGUUGUCCUUGGGGCAAGCUGGGACAAGUCUGCCACAAGCCUGGUUUUCCCUCCAGUGAUCAGGAAAAUGGUUUCUCUUCCUCUCCAAGCACUGAGAGCAAAGUCUUCCAUGAGAGGGCAGUUGCAGGUGGACAGUCUUCCCUGGAGACCGACGGGCUGCAGGGGGCCAGAGCCUGGACAGCUGCUGGAGGGUCACUGGGCACCAGGGAGGCUGUGUCUUGGAGAAGCCUGGUCUGCUGGAAGGUGUCCCUGCCCAUGGCAGGGGGUGGAACGAGAUGAGCUUGAAGGUCCUUCCAACCUUGUGAAUUCUGUGAUUCUGACAGCCCUGAAGCUUCCCAGGCCAGCGUACCUGUCCGGGGGCAGCAUGGCACGGCGCCCGCGGAGCAGCCGGGCCUGGCACUUCGUCCUGAGCGGGGUGCGGCGCGAGGCCGACGGCUGGGCCGGCGCACGGGGCUGGGGAUACGACUCGGACGGGCAGCAGCACAGCGACUCGGAUUCGGAGCCGGAGUUUUCCUCCCUGUCUCCCUCCAUCCCGAGCGCCCUCCCUGUGACUGGAGAGUCCUACUGCAACUGUGAGAACCAGAGCGAAGCUCCCUACUGCUCCAGCCAGCACGCCCUGCACCGCGUCCGCGACUGCCGCUGCGGCGAGGAGGACGAGUAUUUCGACUGGGUGUGGGAUGACCUGAACAAGUCAACGGCCACGCUGCUGACGUGUGACAACCGCAAGGUGAACUUCCACAUGGAGUACAGCUGCGGCACGGCCGCCAUCCGCGGCAACAGGGAGCUGGCGGAGGGGCAGCACUUCUGGGAGAUCAAGAUGACCUCCCCGGUGUACGGCACCGACAUGAUGGUGGGGAUCGGGACGUCGGACGUGAACCUGGACAAGUACCGCCACACCUUCUGCAGCCUGCUGGGCAAGGACGAGGACAGCUGGGGCCUCUCUUACACAGGAUUGCUGCAUCACAAGGGGGACAAAACAAACUUCUCCUCGAGGUUUGGCCAAGGCUCCAUUAUUGGGGUGCAUUUGGACAUGUGGCACGGGACACUCACGUUCUUCAAGAACCGCAAGUGCAUAGGGGUGGCAGCCACAAAGCUGCAGAACAAGAAGUUUUACCCCAUGGUGUGCUCGACGGCGGCCAAGAGCAGCAUGAAGGUGAUCCGGUCCUGCACCAGCUGCACGUCCCUGCAGUACCUGUGCUGCUUCCGCCUGCGCCAGCUCCUGCCCGACUACGUGGACACGCUGGACGUGCUGCCCCUGCCCCCGGGACUCAAGCAGGUGCUGCACAACAAACUGGGCUGGGUCUUGAGCAUGAACUAUAGCACCUCGAAGCCUUCCUCCUCCUCCUCGUCCUCGGGGAGCGACUCGGACAGCUCGUGCGGCUCGGAUGCGAAGGCCUGCCAAAGGAAGAGGUGCAGGAGGACAUAAUGGCUCUGCAGCCAGGUGGGUGGGGUUUGUUGUGUUGUCUGCAAGGGCCAGUCAAGCCUGAUGAGCCUCUGCCUUCUGGAGACAUCCAUUUCUACGUGUUGGCAAAGAUUUCUCCGGUGCUGUGGAAAUCUUUGGCCUCGACAUCCAUCACAGGCAUUAAGAAGAGCUGCUGGCUGCGAGAGAUGCCAGUUCUGACACAAGAAAUUUGUGGUGAAAUAUCUGAGCUUCAUCUACUGACUUGCUGUGGAAGCCAGCAUCUCUUCCAGAAGGAUCUCUCUUCUCCCUGUUGGCACAGACAACGUUUAAGGAAUUGGCCUUGAUGACAGGAGUUGGAUUUGAUAAUCUUCAUGGCUCCCUUCCAGUUCAGGAUGUUCUGUGGCGAUUAAGGCGGCCUCCUGGUUGGAGUGUACUGGAUUCCAGUCAGAUAACAGACCUGGCUCAUGGAGACACAGUCCCAGGCCAGUCCUCUCCUCUCUGUGUGUAGGUUUGGUGUCUGCCAUGACCUCGUCCCACUCCGGGGCACGACGGAGCAGCAGCUGGAGGGAAAGGGCCCCCAGAGACUCUGCUGGGAGCAGGCACAGGAGCUGAGCUGGGGGUGGUCUUCCUCCAGCCCCUGGGGACUUUUAAUUGCUUUGCAUGUUGGUUCCUGCUGCUUCUCCUCUCUCCAAGACUGUUAAGCUGUAAUAAUAAAAGUAGAAGCUGUC